GUGUGUGUGUGUACACGCCACAUCGCCGGCGAGAGCCUCCAUCCACGCAUUUGCCUGUGCGCAAUGGCAGCGAGCGCACCAGGCAGCCCCCAGUCGCUGUGCUACAGACACACGGGUGCGAGAACCAGACAAGUUUAAACUCUGCACGGAUGCUGCUUUUUUUCUCCUCCAUGGGAUUUCAUGAUUUCUCGACACACUAAGAGGUCUGCCAAACGUGUCAACCCCUCCAUGUCGGCGGGACAUGGCGAUGUUUAGCGAAGCAGAGCAGCCAUGGUGGAACGUGUCGGACGAGCGCAACGGCAGCGCCGAGGCAUCGGAGACGGAAAACGGCAACGGCGGGCGCAACUACUACGCUAUGCUCUACUCCCUCCUCAUCCUGGCCAUCGUGUUCGGCAAUGUGCUGGUGUGCUUGGCCGUGCUGAGGGAGCGCUCCCUGCAGACCACAACCAACUAUCUGGUGGUCAGCCUGGCCGUGGCCGACCUGCUGGUGGCCUCGCUCGUCAUGCCCUGGGCAGUCUACCUGGAGGUGGUGGGCGGUGCCUGGCUUUUCAGCCGCCUCUACUGUAACGUCUUCGUCACGCUGGAUGUGAUGAUGUGCACCGCCAGCAUCCUCAACCUGUGCGCCAUCAGCAUCGACAGGUACACGGCGGUGGUGAUGCCCGUGUUGUAUAACACGACGCACCGCUCUCGCAAGAGAGUGUUCGCAAUGAUCGCCACUGUGUGGGUCCUGGCGUUUGCCGUGUCCUGCCCCUUGCUGUUUGGCUUCAACACUACAGACGACCCCAUGGUGUGCUCCAUCUCCAACCCCGACUUUGUGGUGUACUCGUCGGUGGUGUCCUUCUACCUGCCCUUCAUGGUCACGUUGCUGGUCUACAUCCGCAUCUAUGUCUUCCUUCGCAUGAGGAGGAAGAGGAUCACCUUCAGCCAAGCCAGCGGCAAAGUGCAGCCCGGCUCCACGCCGCCCUCUGUGGAGACGUGUCUACGGGACGACGCGGCCAAGACCAACCACGACCUGUCACCUAUAAGGAUCAAAGUGCAGUGCGUGGAGCCAUCAGGCCCGUCCAAAUCCGACCUGCUGUCAGGAUGUCUGUGGCGCAAACGGCCCAAAACAGGACCCGUGGAGAACUCAGUGCUGCCCAGGCUGGACUCGCAGAACUACUGCAGCAUAAGCCACGCCUCCUGCGGCCGCACCGAAUUAGACGCGGAGCGCGAGGAGGUGGCGCCGGGGUCCGGGAACAGUGUGGCGAAGGCAGCGGAAAACAACCGGCAGGCGGCGCCGUCUGUGGGCGCCAGCUGCGAGGUGAAGGAUCUUUCCAACGGACGAACGCACACCACGCUGAGGCCGCUCAACACCAACAAUCCCCGAUUCAGAAGCAUGCACGCCCGCGAGAAGAAAGCCACCCAGAUGCUGGCCAUCGUGCUCGGGGUGUUCCUCAUUUGCUGGCUGCCAUUCUUUGUCACGCACAUCUUGAACACGCACUGCAGGACAUGCGCGGUCCCACCGGGCCUCUAUAGCGCCUUCACCUGGCUAGGCUACGUCAACAGCGCCCUCAACCCCAUCAUAUACACCACCUUCAACGUGGAGUUCCGCAGGGCCUUCAUCAAGAUCCUCAGCUGCUGA